AUGGUGUUUGGCGGCGCUGCUCCGUCAAAGGAUUUCAAUCCAGCUCGAGACCUGCCGUCAAUGAAAGGCAAAGUUGUGAUCGUGACAGGGUCAAGUAGCGGUAUAGGUUUAGCAAUUCUUCAGCAUUUACUCAGACUUGGAGCUAAAGUAUACAUGGCUGCUCCAAACGAUGAGAAGGUCAAGGAAGCGCUUGUGCGCGUCGAUAAAGAAGGACGUGAACCUGGUCUUGGAGAGGUCAUCUGGCAUGAACUCGACCUCUCAGAUCCACGAGGAGCGAAAUCAGCGGCAGAGCAAUUCAUGGAGAAAGAAACUCGAUUAGAUAUUCUCAUCAAUAAUGCAGCACAGAUAACUGACCUCGGUAACCCCAAACUCAAUGCGGAUGGUGUUCAGUUUAACAUGGCAAUAAACUACCUAGGACCAUUUGUUUUCACCCAAACUCUUCUCCCGCUCCUGGAGUCGACAGCGGCGAAUGGGGACGAUGUCCGGAUCGUAAAUGUUGGCUCAGAUGGACACAAAGAUGUCAAAUUUCUCGACUACGGCUCCAUUGAGGCCUGGAACCACAAAUUCCGGUGGACUCUGCUCCCGACGCUCGAGCGGUACAAAUACUCCAAGCUUGCUGUGCAUUUAUGGACCAACAAUCUCACAAAACGUCUCACUGCGUCCAAUUCCAAAGUGAUGGUUCUUCUGGCGCAUCCUGGCGCCAUUCUAAGUGAUGGCGCAAUACGGUCUCUGAAAACUUUACCUCUUCCCCGCUUUUGGAUAUGGCUCAUGGGUACAAUGAUGUACUCUCAAGAACUGGGUGCCCAUACAUCCGUGUUUGCCGCAUGUGCUCCUCGAGAUAAUGCUGAAAUAUCCCAUGGAGCGUAUAUUUUUCCACCCAAUAUUGCGCGGACCCAAGCUCCAGCGGCUCUCGAUGAACAAAAGCAGCAACAGCUAUUUCUCUUCACAGAGGAGUUGUUGAAAAGCAUAGGUCUUUCAUAA